UAAACAGCCCGCCAUCUUCGAAAAUCUGAUACAUGAUUAGACAGGUUCAGGUUAAUCGUGCUGUCUGGAAGGAAAAAAGAUGACGAAUGUUUUGGAGGAUCCGUCCCUGGAGCGCCAUUUUAAGGGCCACAGGGACACCAUCACCAGUGUUGACUUCAAUCCAAACAUGAAGCAGCUAGCCUCUGGAUCAAUGGAUUCCUGUCUGAUGGUUUGGAACUUCAAGCCCCAAAUGAGGGCUUACAGAUUUGUUGGACACAAGGACGCAGUGAUGGAUGUCAAGUUUUCUCCGUCAGGCCACCUUGUGGCCUCUGGGUCCAGAGACAAGACAGUGCGACUAUGGAUCCCCAGCGUAAAAGGAGAGUCAACAGUAUUCAAGGCUCACACAGCCACUGUGAGGAGCGUAGAUUUCUCUAGCGACGGACAGUACCUGCUCACAGCCUCGGACGACAAAACUGUCAAGGUAUGGACAGUACACAGACAGAAGUUUAUGUUCUCCUUAAAUCAACACAUGAACUGGGUUCGAUGUGCCAGGUUUUCCCCAGAUGGCAGACUUGUUGUAUCAGGAAGUGAUGAUAAAACAGUGAAACUGUGGGACAAAAAUAGUAAAGAGUGUGUACACACCUUCUUUGAACAUGGAGGGUUUGUGAACUACGUAGAAUUCCACCCCAGCGGUACGUGUAUAGCAUCAGCCGGUACUGACAGUACAGUUAAAGUAUGGGACAUCAGGAUGAACAAGUUACUACAGCAUUACACAGCUCAUUCCUCAUCUGUAAACAGUUUGUCAUUCCACUCAAGCGGAAACUACCUGAUAUCAGGCUCGGACGAUUCAACCCUCAAGAUUUUUGACCUGCUGGAGGGCCGUCUUUUCUACACACUUCAUGGACACCAGGGUCCGUCUACGGCUGUGGCUUUCUCAAAGUCUGGAGAAUAUUUCGCCUCGGGUGGAUCAGAUGAGCAGGUACUGGUAUGGAAAACCAACUUUGAUCAACUAGACUUCAAUGAAGUUCUGCAGUCACACAAACAGCGUGAGAAAACCUCGGCUCCCCCAACUGUAGGUGAUAUACCACCUAGAGUACAGAAACCCCAACGACCUCAAACAUCAACUCGGCUGGAUGUCCGUACAGAUCUGAAGAAGAUGGGCGAUGAAGAGCCAGAAGUCACAGAUGUUGGUCCCGCCAUGUUUUCAUCAGGCCAGCAAUCGGCAAUGAAUGGUGAAAGAAUUCAGGAGUUCAACAUGACCUCUGUUGACUAUGCCCUGAGAGACCUACAGAUGCCAUCAAAUAGCCAAAGGCGUCAAGAAUCCACCUCCACUACCCAGCCACUGGAGCCAAAGUCUAUCCCACCACAGUUAGCCAAUACACUGGAACAGAUAGUCGGCCAGUUGGACGUUCUAACACAGAAUUAA